AUGGCCAAGAGAAAGGUUAAGCGAUCUGUUGAGCAGAGGCAGAUCAAGCGUCAAAAGGACGAGGAUGCCAAGCUUGCCUCUGGUAUUUUCAAUAACUACGACAAAGAGUCGGAUGAAUCUCUCGACGAGGAUGAAGAACAGGACUAUGAGCUCCGUCCUAGACAAUUCAAGAAGGAUCAGGAGCUUGAGGAACGUUUGCCUGUCAAACUGCCAGAUGGAACGUUCAAGAGAGUUUUGAAACAAAAAGAGGUGGAAUCAGAAGAGUCCGAGGAGUCUGAGGAGAUGGAAUCAGAACAGCACAGCUCUAAGGAAUCUGAAUCUGAAUCAGAAUCAGACCAAGAAUUGACUCCACAGGAAAAGCUGAUCAAGACCAAGGAGGAGAUCGCACGUAUUGCAGAACAAAUCAUGGAGGAUUCAGAGGAACAUGUGAAGCUUUUGGCCAGAUUGCGAAGGAUGGCCAACUCGAAGAAUCCUAACACGUCCAAGCUCUCUCUUCUUGCUGCUGUUCCGAUAUUCAAGAGUAUUGCUCCGGCAUAUCGUAUACGGCCACUCACAGAAAUUGAAAAGAAGCAAAAGGUCAGCAAGGAUGUGGCCAAGCUACGAUACUUUGAAGAAACACUUGUUUUUGAGUACAAACAUUACGUUGAUCUGUUGACUCAAAAAGCAAGGGUGGUUUCCACCACGCCAAAAGCCACGGAACUGGACAAGCAAUUGGGAAUACUGGCUAAUAACGCAGCAUGUGAAUUAGCUUUAGCUUUGCGAUUUUUCAACUAUAGAAAGGAACUUUUUCAAAUAGUGGUCAAAAGGGCUGUCAGAAAGCCUGCUUCCGAGUCCGAGUUCAAGGUAUAUGAGAGAAGUAUUCAGACCAUGGAAGAGCUCUUUAAGGAAGAUGCGGACCACGGAGACAUCUCGGUGGACCUCGCCAUUCUCUUAAACCGCGCUAUUCGCACGAGGGAAUUCAAGGUCGACGAGAGUGUUGUGAACGUAUUUCUGGCAUUGAGCAUUCUAGAUGACUACGAUCCAAAUUCGACCGAGGAAGAAAAACAGCUAAAACUUAAAAAGAAAGACAGAGUGCAUCUGUCCAAAAAGGAGCGAAAACAACGCAAAGAGCGCAAGCAGAUUGAAAAAGAGCUAAGAGCAGCUGAGCAAGCCGUGAGUGCCGAAGAAAGAGAAAGAAAUCAAGCACAGGUACUGAAGAUUUUGGUUACGCUAUACCUUGAGAUCCUCAGAGCUAGACCUGAAAAAUUAAUGGCUCCUGUUCUGGAAGGUCUUGCCAAGUAUGGACAUCAAGUCAACAUUGAUCUUAUUGGCGACUUCCUGCAGAUUCUGCGCGAAAUCUGUGAAAACUUGCUCCAGGACAUCAACGAAGAAGGCAACUUUUCUAGCAUGAGUAUCCGACAGGUCUUGCUCGCAAUCGUCACGUCCUUCUCCCUGACCGCAAACCUACCAACCAAACGAAUGUCUGUGGAUUUGAACAAGUUCGUGCAGUAUCUGUACACGCUGUUGCCAACGCUUGCACUCGAUCCAGAUAUGGAAUUUUCGCAUAAGACGCUUCGUCUGGUGGACCCUCUCGCCGCAACACAGUAUCGUCCAAAUGUUAACAUAGCCACCAAAUCAGAGCUGCUUCUGAGGUGUUUAGACUAUGUGUUUUUCAACUCCAGAUCAGGCUCAGGAAAAAGAUCCAUAGCAUUCACCAAACGCAUUUAUUCUUUUCUACUGCAGGCCCCAGAGAAAACUGCAAUCGCGGGUCUUAAGUUUGUGGACAAGUUGAUGGCCAGAUACGAGGACAUUAAAGGACUCUAUACAACAGAAGACCGCAUUCAAAAUGGUGUCUAUCAUGCUGAGCAAGAUAGUAUUGAACUGGCAAACGCUGAUGUCGCCGUUAUCUGGGAAAACGUGCUUCUUGAGUCCCACUAUUGUCCGACAUUGGCCGCUGGUGUCAACGCACUGAUGAAGAGAGCUAAAUAAAUAGAUCAAAUCUGAACCUUCGAAGGCUCGCCAACUUCAAAAACCUCAACAUGCUGAUCGCUCUUCAGUCCACGAUUAUCGGAAAAUUCGACAGUGCCAAGGUCGUAAGACACGCUCUCAUCCUCAAAUAAAAACCCGGCAUCGUUCUGUUUCUCAGGAUCGUAAAUUCCUGACUGCUUGUAGUCAUAAUGCUGAUGAUUGUGGAACCAGUUCGUUUUCUUCGUUGGAACAGACGUGGAUAUAAUUGGAGUCAUCACACGUAUAGGCUUAUUUCCAGCAGAGUGCGUAUGAACAUACUUUGCGUUCUCGGGUUUUUUCGAAAUACCUCCGGCUUGCAACACAGAAGAGUGGGAAUUGCGGCGCUGAUGCGGAGGGAUAUACUUGUCGUAAGUGGUUGUGCUCGUUAUGUUCGAACCAAACGACGAGAAGUUGCUGGAGAACGUCGUUGUCAAAGAGGUGUUCCUGGAAUUCUGUCGCUCUGCAUUGUCAGUCAAAGACACUUCACCAAGUUGCUUUGACAAAAAGCCUAGUUGUCCACCCAGCACAGAAGGAUAGUUCGACACUUCUUUUUUUGCAUUGGACGAUUUGCGAGCAUUCUUCGAAGGUCUUGAUUUGUGCUCGCCAUCUUCAAAGAGAAACAAAUCAUCAUCACCACUGGUUUUCUCGUCUUCCGACUCAAACACAUUUUCCUCAACUUCAGAUUUCGGAGAUUGCCGCAGAUUUGGUGGAAUGUACUUACCCGCAUGACUCACAAAGCUUCGAGGUCUGACUCCACCAGUCGACUUUGCAGAUGUCAAGAAAUUAUCGCCUUCGCUAUUUGGAGUGACAGGUGUCCGUCCCAAAGAAUUGCAUCCCCUAUAAUAAGUAUCAGAACUUCUUCUAGACUUAUAGUGUGCUUUCCUGGACCUGUGGUUAUCCUUGGCAUGAUAAUUCCUCUGCUUUCUUUUCUUCCAUGCUCUGUUCUUCUGGUUGGGGUUGCGCCGAUAAAAUCUGCCGUUCUCCGAAGACGUUCUUUGCUGAGGGUGUUUAGGUUUCUGUGCCUUUUCCAUAUAAUGAUUAAAAACAGUUUUCGGAGUAAAGAAGUCAGCACGCCUAAAUGAAUCAUCCAAAUAAUGAUUAUUGUGAGCAUCAUGUUGAAUGUUUACCCUCUUGUUUAUCCGACCAUUAUGAGACUUGUGCCGGACGUUUCGCAUGCUUGGGAUCUUAAGCGGCUUCCUUGGAUGGCCUGCCUUAUGCUUAGGUCUAGGAACUGACAUUUGUUUGUCGCUGGCCUUCGCAGCAGCCUCCUUCUGGUUCUCCUUGUCUGAAGUCCUGUCAGUAGCCUCUUCUUCUGUAGGCUUCUCUUCAAUAGCUCCAGAUUCUUCCUCUUCAAACUCAAAGUCACACGUGAGAUGCUCGACCUUAAGCAAAGAGUCCUUCAUAGUUUCUAGAUCGCGGUUUUCAGGAUCAAUAGUCAAACUUGAUCUCAAAACUGAAAAUAAAUCGUAACUCAUUGCGGGAAAUAUGUCAAACAAAGUCUCCCUAUUUGCCGCAAAAUGCAGGAACAAGCGGUCCUUGGAGCUUGCUGAGUUAAAAGGCGAUUUCCCAAAAACAAUGUUCAGCAAACAAAUUCCCAAUGACCAUAUGUCCACCUUGUCCGCGCUGUAUGUAUCGAUAUCCUUAUGGUCCAACAGCUCUGGAGCCAUGUACCUUUCGGAACCAACAUCAAAAUCGGUACAGUAUUUCUCGUCUGUGGCCAAGCCGAAAUCUGUGAGUUUGAUGGACCAAUCUUCGCAGAUCAAAAUGUUCUCGGGUUUAAUGUCUCGGUGAUAAACUCCCAUGCUAUGACAGUACUCCACAGCACUCAAGAGCUGCAACGAAACAUCAACCACGUCUCUAGUGCACGCUGGAGCAACUCCCAUUUGAAUUGAAUCAUGCAAGUCUCCGCGUGAAGCGUACUCGAGCACAAUGUAGCUAUCGAAACAAUCCAGCAGUUCGGUAAUGUUGGGAUGGCCCGAAACCCGUUUCAGCAUAUUAAUUUCCUUCUGUGUUUCCUUCAAAACUACCGAUUUGCUAACUGUCUUUUCAUCCUCCUCUUCCGCGAAGGUGAAAUCGCUAAUGCAUGUGGUGUUGUAUUUUAGUGCCACAAGCCUAUCAUGGUCUUUGACGUCUUUCGCUAGCGAAACAAUUCCAAAAGAGCCUUCACUGAUAUCUCUGACUUUCAAAUACCGAUCGUUCAACAAUCCGCCGUCAACGUAUGCCUUGUAAUCGAAACUCAUUGUAACCGAAACCCAAUAAUCCUGACCGAUCAAACAGUGAAAUGCAAUAAAUAUCCCAUAAACAGCGGCGACAGCGAAAAAGGUGGCAGUUUCAGUAGCUUUGGCUCUGAUUUAUGAGAACCUGUUGUUAUUUAAGUUGUAAUCAACCUUGUCGAUGUCAGACAAAUGUUACUAUCUGAACGCUUUUAUACGCAAACGUAAUGAGCGUUUUCGCUGAGAUUGAACUUUGCGAUCACAAUUCCACAGUAAAAGUAUAGCAGUUAUUUGUCUGUAUUGCUAGCUUGUCACACUUUUAACUCAGUUUUCAUAAGGAAUCAA